UAGGGAUGCGCAGACAGCGCUUUUAUAUGAAAAAGCAUUCUGUGCGCAUUCCCACCAUUUGCUUUUCGUGUUAACCUCCUUCUCGAAUCUGGCAACUUCGCUUACAUUUACGGUUAAGCUCGAUUGCGAAAAUGGCGGCGGAGUAGACCCGGUGUUGUUUUGAGAGGUGCGUGGAGGUGCGUUCCUGCUGUUCGGUAAACGAGGUCGCAAAUGAGCACUAUGGAUAUUUCAAGUAUGCUCGAGGUACAAGUGAAAGAAGAGACGGACGUGAAGGAGAAUGUAACACCAGGACGGGAUCAAGCAUCCAGCGCGACUAGCACGGCUGUUGCAACGAUCUCUCAAGAGGAGAGCAAUUACUACAAGCUUAUGUUUGGCAAUGAGAUCUCAACUGUACGAUUUCGUAGACUUCACUGUACAGCCUGUGACGUGCACAUUGGCUCUGCCCCUUCUCAAAUUAACAACAUGCUUGAACAUCCUGUUCUACGUACAUUAUUAUGUGCAAAUUGUCGUGAUUUUUAUGGGGAUGGCAAGUUUGAACAGGGCGAUGAUGAUACAGAUAUGUUCUGCAGAUGGUGCGCCAAUGGUGGCAAUUUAUAUUGUUGCUCAUAUUGCAGCAACACAUUCUGUUAUAAAUGCAUAAGGAGAAAUUUUUCCGCUCAAGUAAGAAAGAAGAUUGAAGCUGAUGAAAAAUGGAAAUGCUUUGUAUGCAAUCCAGGUGAUUUGUAUAGUGCAAGAGCUACUUGCUGGGCUCUAAUCCAACACAUACAAACAGUGAGAAGGAUACUUUCGCAUGAUAAAAAAAUGAGCCCCGAUGAGAUCAUAGAAAAGAUGAAUUAUGACGAAUCGUUGUGCUGUCCAAGCAGAAAUAAACGUAAGCGACGAAGGCUCGACUCUAAUUCCGAGGAAGAUGAAACGUAUUCACCUAAACCCAAUGGGGUGCCGGAUAUAAAACGUAAACAAACUCGUAGGACGAUCAGUCGAUCUACGAAUGGCGUUACUAACCGAAUAUCGUUACCACCGAUUCCCAUCAGACCACGUCCGAUGUCGUUUCUAAGCGAUAAAUCUUUUUCGGCUGAACCGCCAAAAUCUGCGACUAGUCCACAAAAUUCAGUCUUAAACUCGUCGGAAAGUAUCGUUCUUUCACAGUCUAAUGUGAUGAAUUCGAAUACCUCCUUACCAUCGAGAUUUGAGCCUAAUGCACUGCAGCAGCAGCAGCCCCAGCCCCAGCAGCAGCAGCAGUCUUCCUUAUAUCAGACAACUUUUAUGAAUACUUCCGGAUCUGCCGCUUACAUUCAACCUCGGCUUAUCAUUCCAUCGCAAUCGCAGUCGCAGUCGCAGUUGACGUCGUAUCAGCCGCAACAGGCGAGUUCGUCGCAAUCGCUCCAGUGUAAACCAAACACGAUGGUGUCCAUACCCAGUUUAAGAGAUCACAAAAAACCCUUAUUUAUUCUUCCAAAGCCAAAAGAACCAGAUAUGACAUUGACACCUAACAUAAUCGAUCUUGAUAGCGACUCCGAUGAUGAACCCAAGGUUGUCGAACAGCAAAACAAAUCGACACCCAUUGAAAAGAAUGGGAAUGUUGCUAAUAAAGUGGUACCUGUUGCUCUCACCUGGGAAAACAGUGAUGAUGAUGGUAUGGCAGAGGAACAACCCUUAACAGAGAUACAUGUGAUUUUGGAAAAGGACAUUUCUUUUAGUAAAGUAAUGUCGCCAUAUAGUCAAGAACUUCAUAAAUUUUUAAGUGACGCGAAGAAAAAGAUGAACAAUUUCUUUGACGUAAAUGCAGUUGAAAAUAUUCAAGUAGAGGCGCAACGAAAAAUCAAGGAUUUCUAUUGCAAUAUACGUGACACAGUUUUUCAAUUAGUGGAUAUUAACGAUAAAGCAAUACGUCAGUAUAAUGAGUGGAGGAGAUUUCUGAAGACGGAAAAGGAGGCGUCACCUUCGAUCGACAAAGAUACAUCAGCGCCUCAAGAAAAGAUGAAUAUUCCUUUAGAUAUGAUUUGCGUCAACGAGUCUGAGACUGAAUCCGAUGCUGAGAUUCUGAAAGAUCGGAUCAUGGAGCCAUCCAACUUAGUUAAAGAUAGUAAUAUUAUUAAAGACUUGUUACUUCGUAAGAAAACUGUUGUACAUUGUGGUGUUGGUGACGAUAGUGCACAUUUGUCUGUGGACAAAGCAGUUCAAGUAUAUGACAUUGUUUCCAAGGAUUAUGAGAAAUCCAUCGGUUAUUCCGUAAUAACGAAAACUGAUCAUGAUGCAAAAAUGGAUGAUAGUGUGUUGGACCCGCCAUUCACGUCUGACAAGAAUUUCGACAAGUAUCAGGAACAGUUUAUCUUUUAUUUGCAACACAUCGAGGAUAACGGCAUCGAGACAGAAGAAACAAAGAGUUUAGCGGAUUUAGAUGAAACAUUAAUUCAGGAAGUGGCGCAAACAGUUCCAUUUAUCUCGGAUUUUUUGGACAAUAUUGGUUUGUCUGCUUCGCCUAAUGAUCAGUCGGACAAUUUUCAGCAAGAAAAAAAUGUAAGUGAUAACAUUAACUCACUAACUAAAGAUGAUGAAAAUAACACUCUAGAUAUAAACGAUAAAGAAAUUGCUAAUAAUUCCAAUAUUAAGAUACAAGAAACAAAUAUGCAACCAAGUAACGAGUUGCAACAAAUGGAAUCACAGAAAACUCAUGCAAGUAUGACAGAUGCAGAUGCGAUAAUAUCAGAUAAUGAUGAAGCAAACUUGAAGAAAAAUGAUAAUGUAAUAAGUGUAGAAUUAGAUACUUCCAUUGAAGAGGAUUGUACUAUUAUCGAUUAAUAAGAGAAAUUGUUUAUCAAUGUAUUGUUCUAGGUUAAAUAAUUUUAUGAUCCAAUUACGAUUGAAUAUUGAUAGAAAUGCGCUUAAAUUUGGAAUUUUGAUAUUAAAAAAAAAAAAUGCAUUAUUUCAAACAAAUUGCAUUGUAUAGAAGUUGUAUAUUUAAUUUUAAAAUUUAAAGAAAUCUCACACGAAAUAAAAACAAAGUUUGUUUUCAAAAGAAAUUAAAUCCAGUUUUUUUACAUAUUUAAAAUACAGAGUGUCCGAAAGCAGUUAUUUUGAAAAAUGUUUCAAGCAAAAGUUAUUGGGGAUUAAAUACCUAAAAAACAUAGAAGUUUUGUGGAUAUCUACAAGAUAUCUUAUUAAAGUUAUCUUCAAGAUAUUUCUAGAAUAUGUCUAAAAGACAUCUUGGAAGUUUAAGUCAUCUUAUGUGAUAAAUAUUUUAAAAGAUAUUUUAAAAUAUUUAUCACAUAAGAUGACUUAAACUUCAAAGAUUUUAUCCAAAAUUUAAGUACCACUAUCGUAAGCGUUAUCCAAAGUAUACCUCGUGGAUAUUGCUCGCUUUUUUGUGUUAUAUGUGUAAAUCCGACCAGGUUUCCUCCUUAAAUUUUGUUGAAGUCUCAUAAGUCUGAAAUAUCUAAACUAAAAAACGUUUAUACCCGGUGUUUCGAAAACGUUGUAAUGUCAGCUACAAGGAUAUGCAAUAAACAAGUUUUUCCAUUAACUUAAAAAUAUUAAACUUUAAUUAGAUUUUCACGACGCCUAAUCCAUAAGUACACGUAAUAUAUUACUUAAUCCCCAACAACUUUUGUUUGUAAUAUUUUCAAAAUAAUUACCUUCCUCGUUUUCAAAUAGGAUGUAUGGGUGAUCUCGAGCACUCUGUAUGUACAUGUACCUAAUUUUAAUAUAUUCCGGACAUAUUACAUUAUUAAUAGACAACUUUGACAAGAAUUUAAUUUCACAAAUUUAGAGAAUGAGAUUUCUAAAAUCAAACUUAUAACCAGCCAAAAAUCAUCAAUAAAUGAUAUUUUUUUUAACUUCAUGAUUAGAUUUAAUAUAAAUGUCCAUACAUUUUCCUAUAAUUUUCUGCACAUUUUUCCUAUUCAACAAUAAAGUCAAAUUUUGAACCUAUUUCUUAAUGUUUAUGAGCAUGCUUUUCUAUGAAUAAAAAAAUUUUUAGUGACAAAUUUAUUUGAAAAAUUCCGAAAUUAUAAAAUGGAAAUACAAUGGAAAAAUAUAUAAAAAUUAAAAAAAAGAUUAAUUAAAUGCCAUGUACAUAUUUAUUCUUUAAUAUUUUUGCAUUUGCAAUUUUUAUUCCAAACGCAGCUGAACCAAUAAUUUUUUUAUAUUGAAUUUUCAGCAGCUUUCUAACCCUGCUUAAAAAGUCCAAAAAGAAACCUUUUUAAGCAAGGGAAACUUCAUAUAUUAAUUAUAUAUAUAUUUUCAUAAUUAUGAAUUGUUUAUAUAUUAAUGUAAUAGUUAAUUAUUUAAUUAAUUAAACAGUUAACUAAUAAUAUUCUCAUAACAAUACACAAAAUAUUUUGUAGAUGUUAUAUUGAUAUAUCUCGAUAAGAACAAUUGAUAUAUCAAUACUAUCUUACAUAUAAGUCAAUCUGUGGAAUGAUUUUUUCUCAUUCAGCAUACGCGAAAAAAUGUGUAACAUAAUUAGAAGAUAAUUAAUCAUUGUUUUGCUUUAAUCUCGAAAUAGCAUAAGAUUUGAAGUAAAAUUAUGAAAUAUAAUUUUAUCUACUGAAAAGAAAAAUGCUCUUAUUUAUUUUUCAUUAUCGAACAACAAAAAUUGAUUUUCGAUGUUGAAACCUGUAAGUUCUAUAACAAUUGUAUAAUAAUUAUGCAAUUUUCAUAAACUUGUACAUAAAACAUUGAGCUCUUUGUAAAAAAUAUACAUAUAAAUGUAUUACG